CAACGGCAGGGAUCCUCGGCUGGGAGAGAAGUCAUCAGUCAUCUUUAAUGCAGGAAACACACUCCAGACUGUCUAUGGUGCAAUUCUGCGAGCGAAGGAGGAGAAGCAGCAUCAGGGUUCCUGCUGCUCUGUGAGUGAACGCGACUGCAUCGUCUUUCGAGAAUCCACAGGUUCCUGUUCUUCAUCAUCUUCAUCAUUUCGCCCCUCGUGUUUCUGUGAGUUUGUGUGUGUGUGCGCGCAUGGACCCGGACUGAAUGACAGCACCUGUGGGCGAAGGAGCUGUUGCAUCACACCUCACCACGGACUUGUUUAUUUCACCGACUGGAGGGAACAAUGGAGUUUAGUUGUUUCUCGGUGGAUGAUGAAAUGCGAGCCGGGUGCUUGGCGGAGGACUGAAAUUCACUGUUGCGUUAUUUUUUUUAGACGUUCUACUUUGACAUCCCAGUUUUUUUGUUGUUUGGAUUUUUUCCACCCGCGCGCAUCUGCCGAGGAGAGGCGCUGUCCGUGGUUCUGAAAUCAAAUCCUGAAAACUUCCACCAAAAGAACAAGAGAGCCCCAGAAAGGACCUGUGUGCACCAGCAGCUUAAUAUGGUAACUCAACCCAGAGUUCAGCUGAUCACUUCGGUACUUUUGCUUUUAGUUGUCCACCUAGGCCAGCCAGUAUGUGUGGAUGUCCCCUCGGAGACAGAAGCUGUCCUGGGGAAAUCCAUGCUGUUGACUUGCAUCUUCUGUAUGAAGAGGGAGGAGGUCAAAUCAAAGACACAUGUGGAUUGGUACUUCAUGCCAACGAACGAAAGAGACCUCCCGAAAACUCAUAUAUACAAAUAUGAUAAACACAUGCUAUUAGCACGGGACGGACCAUUUAAAGACCGUCUUACCUGGAAUGGGAGCGUCGACUUUCAAGAGGUCUCCAUUCAAAUCCAUAAUGUCACCUUCAAUGACAGUGGGCUCUAUGAGUGCCACGUGAUGCGUGAGUUCAAGGACUUCACCCCCCCGUCGAACUUCAUGAAGAACAUCACGCUGAAGGUGAAAGAGAAAGCCACUAACAACGCCGCGGCGCUCUACUCUGAGAUCAUGAUGUAUGUGCUGCUGGUGUGCCUGACCCUGUGGCUGCUGGUAGAAAUGGUCUACUGCUACAGGAAGAUCUCCAAAUCUGAUGAGCAGGCGGAGGACCCAGCGACAAACUACCUAGCCGUUCCCUCUGAGCAGAAAGACAAUGCGGCCGCUCCUGUUACCGAAUAA